AUAUGUCCGUUGCCGAUCAGUUUGGCUUUCCCCUCCGAGAUGGAAAGAGCCAUUUUGCUUCCUCCACAGCAUGCUUCUGGAUCGGAGCUCUUCUGGUUUCGACCUUCCUGCACGUUGAAAAGAUUGGAAGCUCCCUCCCCGCCAGAGGGUCACUUACAGGAGAGAUUUCAAUGUGUUCAUGCUCUCACCAACACUUACACCAUACUUGUCGUCGCCGGCCAACAUGGAGCUUGAUGCUGUAUCGAGCUUUGCCACUGGCGACGAGCUCCACAACGGCAUCGGCAGACAUCGCCGGUGGGCACGGUGGCCACGGCAGGGCGGAUCUAGACAUCUGCGGUCGCGGCCAUGGACUGGCUAGAUAUGAAGCGGCUUCAGAUUUGGAACUGAAUUUUGUGUCAAAGCUGGACAGCUCCCUUCAUGGUGUGGUUCGUAAGGAAGAAGAAGAAAAGAGUGACGGAAGACAGAGGGGGCUAAUGGAGAAGAAGAGGAAGAAUAUGAGAAGUGGGGCCAUCGGGGACCCGUGUCGAUCAUUAAGCGGUCCAGGAUCACGCUAACGUGGUGGGACGGUUCUGUUAAUUGAUAAUGAGGAGUGCCGAGUGCGAGAAAAUAUUGGGUAGAGCUGUGAUGUCGGCAUGGCAAAAUCCGAAUACCGCGUCGAACAAGAGAAAAUUUUCAAACGAAAAAAGCAAGACUCU